GCACAAUUUAUGUUUAUUUUAUGUAAUAGGAUUUUUCGGUUGUCAAUAUAAAUAAAUAUUAUUUUAAAUGAAAAAAUAGUCAAGUCAACGUGAAAAUAAAAAAAUGAUCUCGGUUACCUAGGUUACGAUUAAAUGAGCAAAUAUUCUAAUCCGCAUUAAUUAAUUCAGCAAUUCAGUUUAGUAAAAAUGCCCGAAUGCAUUUCAAUUCACGUAGGUCAGGCCGGGGUCCAGAUGGGCAAUGCCUGCUGGGAAUUAUACUGCUUAGAGCAUGGAAUCCAGCCGGACGGCCACUUCAUAUCUGAACCAGUAGUAGCAGACGACAGCUACAACACCUUCUUUAAUGAAACGGAGUCGGGAAAACACGUGCCACGGGUUGUUUUUGUUGAUCUAGAGCCGACGGUAGUGGAUGAAGUAAGAACGGGAUCCUAUCGUCAGUUAUUCCAUCCUGAGCAGCUCAUCACCGGCCAGGAGGAUGCUGCGAAUAACUACGCAAGAGGCCACUACAGUGUCGGCAAGGAUAUCAUCGAUUCGGUGAUGGACAGGAUAAGGAGACAGGCGGACCACUGUACAGGUCUUCAAGGGUUCUUUAUUUUCCGGUCGUACGGCGGUGGUACCGGCUCGGGAUUCACGCCGAUGCUGAUGGAACGUCUGUCUCUAGACUAUGGUAAAAAAUCCCAGCUGGAGUUUGGCAUUUUCCCAUCUCCACAUUUAUCUAAUGCAGUAGUCGAACCUUACAACGCCGUGUUGACCACUCACGGGACUUUAGACCAUUCGGAUUGCGCCUUUCUGGUGGAUAACGAAGCCGUAUUUGAGAUAUGCCGAAGGAGUUUGGACCUUGAACGACCCACAUACACAAACUUGAAUAGGUUGCUCGGCCAGAUUGUGUCCUCCAUUACCGCCUCGUUGCGAUUCGAGGGCUCCUUGAAUGUGGAUCUCGUCGAGUUCCAAACCAAUUUGGUGCCUUACCCGCGCAUUCAUUUUCCGUUGGCGACUUACGCCCCUAUUAUUUCGGCGGAAAAAGCUUACCAUGAGCAAAUGAGCGUGGCAGAAAUUACCAACGCUUGUUUCGAGCCAGCAAAUCAAAUGAUAAAGUGCAACCCCAAUAGGGGGAAGUACAUGGCGUGUUGCCUGUUAUAUAGAGGAGACGUCGUUCCUCAAUCCGUCACGACGGCAAUAACGUCAAUAAAGAAUAGUAGACGUUCCAUUCAGUUCGUGGAUUGGAGUCCUACAGGUUUUAAAGUGGGAAUCAACUAUCAGCCUCCCACUGUUGUACCAGGUGGUGAUUUGGCCAAAGUACAUAGGGCUCUUUGUAUGUUAUCGAAUACGACGGCAAUUGCAGAAUCGUUUGCCACCCUUAAUUGCAAAUUCGACUUAAUGUAUGCGAAGCGGGCGUUUGUCCACUGGUAUGUUGGUGAAGGCAUGGAGGAAGGGGAGUUCGCCGAAGCGAGGGAAGAUUUGGCAGCUUUAGAAAAGGAUUUCGAAGAAAUUGGCAUGGAUCCCUGUGCCGGGGAGUGUGAAGAACCUUCAUAGAACUAUUAGUUCUUGUCCCUUACUUAAUUUAUAUGUUAUAGCAAA